UAAAUAUCGACACGUUCCCACACAUUUCUGCCCUUGGUCUGAUCAACGUUGCGGACGACUGAACAGCAAGGACCAGCCAAGUAGCCUUUUCCGCUGGCCGGAGCAUCUCUUCAUUCCAAACCCACCCCGGAGAAGAAUGCACCCGUCAUCCGUGCCGUGCUACCAAUGCAAAGGCACCCCAGCCCCGGCCAUGCUGCCUCUAAGCUCAAGACGCGCUCACAUUUUGUUUUUGGGACCAGACCCGGACCUGCCAGUCCGAGGUUUAAGCCACAGGAAUCCACCCCCCACACGCAUGGCACCGCCAGAGAUCGUUCAUGCCGCUGCGGCAAACCAGGCGGGCGCCAGCCAUGGACCUCCUCGACUUCGACCUCGCCGUGCAAGUCACCUGCCCGCCCGAGCCCGGCGAGGACUUCGCCUUCGUCACCACCGAGACUGAUGCCGCCUUCCUCGUCCUCGCCCACCUCUCUGGCUACGCCAAGGAUGAGAUCCAGGUCCGCAUCGGCGAGGCCGGCACGGAGGUGGCGGUCGCGUGCGCCAGGAAGGACGCGUUCACGGUGGAGGCGACGGCGGCGGGGAGGCUGCGCGUGGCGCACCGCCAGGUGGUGGAGGGGUUCCGCCGCGUGUUCGACGUGCCGCCGGGCGCCGAUGUGGCCCGGAUCACCGUCGGCUUCGAGGAGGACGACGGCCUGCUCGUCGUCAUCUUGCCCAAGCUGCCGCGCCCGGACCCGCUGGACGACGACGACGACGACGGCCGCGGCGACGACGACGCUCGGCUCGACGUCGAGAGCGCCAGCUGCGUGGGGACCGACAGCGACAGCGGCGUUGACGUCGAUGAGGAGCUCGACCUCGGCGACGAGGCGUGCAGCCUCGAGCUCGAGCACGAGGACUGGGUCGACGUCGAGUCGGAGUCGGAGCCCGAGCCGCCGCCGCGCGAUGUGGCGGUGGAGACUCCGGUGCCGGUCGUCACGGAUGUGGCGGUGGAGACUCCGGUGCCGAUCGUCACAGGCGUAGCAGUGGAGACUCCGGUGCCGGUCGUGACGGAUGUGGCCGUGGAGACUUUGGUGCCGGUGGUCACGGACGUGGCGGUGGAGACUCCCGUGGAGGUAGAGGAGGAAGACCGCGACGUCCCGGUGGAGACGCCGGUGGAGGUCGAGGCCGAGCCGCGGGUGGUCGACAUCGAGUGCGACGUCGUGUUCGAGCCGCCGGCGGAGCCGGAGCCUCUGGUGGAGACGCCAAUCGAAGUGCUCGGGCCGCCGCACCGCGAGCCCGAGCCGCCGGCCGACGUGCCGCAGCCUCCGGUGGACAUACCGUGCGACGUGGAGUCUAAGCCAGAGCCUGCCGUCGUGCAGGAACCUGAGGAGCCAAAGCCGCCGCCGCCAGCGGAAGAAGAGCCACUGACGGAAGAAGAGCCACCCGUUGAGGCACCAACUGAAGAACCGGUGCAAGAGCCGCAGCGGGUCGAGGAACCUGUAGAAGAACCACCCGUUGAGGCGCCGGCUGAAGAACCGGUGCAAGAGCCGCAGCCGAUCGAGGCGCCGACGGAGGAACCUGUGCAGGAGCCACCCUUUGAGGAGCCGGUACAAGAGCAGCCACCCGUUCCCGUUGAGGCACCAACUGAAGAACCGGUGCAAGAGCCGCAGCGGGUCGAGGAACCUGUGGAAGAACCACCCGGUGAGGCGCCAGCUGAAGAACCGGUGCAAGAGCCGCAGCCGAUCAAGGCGCCGACGGAGGAACCUGCGCAGGAGCCGCCCGCAGCCAAAGAGCCCGUGCAAGGCCAGGAGCCGGCGGUGGAGCCUACAAAAUCAGCAGUGCCAACAGCGAGCUCGGGUGGGACGACCGAGUCGGAAGAAAGUAGCAGCUCUGACGGUGACGGGAACCCAGACGGUGGCAGGAGAAAUCGCGGCAGAGGUGGGUCAGGGCGGAGGCGGCGGCGACGGCGACGUGGCGGGUUCCGGAUCGGCUUGGUAGUCGGCCCCGCGCUGAUCCUGCUCGCGCUCGCGGUGGCCGCAGCCAGACGACGGCGGCAGCAGCAGCAAGGCCGGUGAGCCGCCGGGAAGCCUUCGCAACGUGCAUUCUGGGCACAGGAAUGGCAAAUGUGUUUUGUGUUGUGUGCCGUAGCUAAUAGUGUUGCCGUGCGGCUUCGAUCGCUAGCUACGCCUACGCCUGGUUGGGUUAUCAAAAAAUAAACCAAAGAAAACGCCAGGUAAAUAUCCCAGUGUAGCUGAUAGUACGAAAUGGAGUUUUCGUGUGGUUGUUACAGUUCACAAUAUGUUCUCGGAUCUUAAUAGAUGUGUUGCUACAGAGUGAACAUAUUAUUAUGA